UCUGCCGCGACAGUCAACGGGCUUCCUUUUUUUCCUCUUCCAUCCUUUGUCACAUCACCCCUUUCGCUUGUCUAAUUGGCUGUUCACCCAAUAUACAUAAUAUUUAUUUACUAGGUACAUAUGCACAUAGUUUCAACUUGUGCAACAUCAAGGUCCGAAAGAGAAAACGAAAAAGAAAACGCUUCUCGCGAAGUCCGGCACCUCUCAAAUCUCCUCUCUUAAUCUCAUUAAUCCAAGAUUUAGAUACAUAUGCUGUUCGAAUAAGCCAUGGCAUAGCACCAUCUUGAGAUUAUUGUGACGCCUUCGCAUUUACCGACCUUAUGUCAUAAGCAGCAUACUUACCUGUAAAGCGCCGUUAGCUUUCAGUCAUGUCUUCCAUUCAACAGUCCAACGUAAACGAGAAGCAAGCAAUGUCCGACGUUAAACACUCACACUCCGCUUUUGAUAAAUUACCCGACGAGAUAAUUGAACAGAUACUUCAAUUGACGGAUCCCAACUCGUUCGCAUCCCUCGUUCUGCUCAAUUCAAAAUGGAGACGCGUUUCCCAGCAAGCUCACCUCUACGCUCGUCACCUCUCUCGAUGCGAUUCCUAUGCUUCUAGUCAUAAUGUUUUGCCCACCUAUACCACAGAUGAGGACAAGUUGCCGAAACUGCGCCGCUUAUUUGCUCGCGAAGUAAAGAGGAAUCUCUUUGAGGCUUACCUGCGACCCAGGAUGACCACGAUUAAGCUAAUAUCAAAUUGUAUCGGCUCGUCCUCUGCUCCUGGCGGCGAGGGAAUGCAAUUUAGUCCUUCUCCCAAAGGUCAUCAUAUCCUCGCGUAUAAUUCGUCCCGGAUAUUUGUACUCGAUGUUAGGAAAUCCGAACUAAUUGUGAAGCGCGAGUUCAAAAUAUUGCGCCGUCCGGCAGCUGUUUGUAUCUUGGAUGAUGCCAGCCUUCUAGCAGUCCUGUCAACUGAUAUGCAGGUUGAUCUGUAUGAUUUAGGGAACGUCCCCCCGCGCCGAAGACAAUCGCUCAUCCUUGACCAUUCUCCUCGCGCUAUCGCUUUGUCGCCUUGUGGGGGUGUUUUAGCAGCUGCCUAUGAGGGCGGAAUCGAGGUAUCAGCUAUAAACCCCGGCGCUUUGCCUACGGAUAGAAGGGCAGUCAAGUGCGACGGCGUUGAUUCACUCGCUUUCUCUUUCGAUGGGACUCAAUUAUUAGGGACGACAACAACAUCCUACACUCCCAAUACUGUGAUAUUAACCGCCCCAUACUACGAUCCCGGAAACCAAAUGGCCCAGGAGAACAAUAUCAGCUCGUUGUGGACUACUUCUAUACUGUUUCCAAACACAAGCCGAGAUUGCAGUCAUGCAGUUCUAUUGCAAGAAUCAAGCUCUAUGGAAGCCGCUUGGUCAUUUGCCUACGACAGGAGUUUCGAGACUUUCCGUGCCGUACGGAUUGAUGACCUUCGCAACGGAACGACUUAUUUCACAGGACCUGUCCCUGCUGCAACUUCCCCGGGUCCCUUAUUACCAUGUACCAUGCCUGCCGUUAGCUACCAAGGCGACAUUGUAUCAGCUGGGUUUGAAGGGAACGACAUUUGGAUAUAUGGUGUACCUGAGGAUCUGGAGGCUGUCCCAGAAAGCGGCCAUACAUCUUUCGAUUCUAGCGGGCAGCCUACAUCGCAUCGUAUAAAUAACGGGAUGCCAGCGCGUCUCCCGCAUCAAGUGCAAGAAGAAAACGGUACGCGGGUUCCGCAAUGGCAAAUACUCUGCGAUAAGUCACGUAAUACUUUCGUAAAUGGACGCAAGGUUACCCAACUAUCUGGCGUGAGCACCGUGAAGUGGGUUUCCAACUUCGGUGAGACGCCUUUUGAGGAACGUCUAAUUGUUGCUGCACGGGGUAUCAUGCCACCUAAGCUCGUAACCGAGGAAGACGGUAUUGAUUUUGUAGAUGGAGGAAGAAUUACGAUGCUCGAUUUCGACUAUAGUUUAGUCGAUGGUGACGAGACAGAAAUUACCAUUGAAGUUGGCACGGCCGAACCUGAAGCUCUGGAAGAGGAACGCCGUGAUAUUGAUACAGAAGUUGCGAUUGUCAGGAGGAGAACAGUAGCGCAACGGAGAGGUUAUCGGAAUACUAUGAUGGGCGCGGGAGCAACGUCAUCUCGUCAGGGGGAUGCUGCUCUUCGGCCAUCAACCUCCCACAGCAAUGAUCUGGAAGAUCCCUUAAUACCACGGCCCAUGGCAACAGCCCGUAUGGACUCGGAGACGACAGCUGUCGACGAAUCGGAAGACGUUUCGUUAGAGGAGGCUCAGGAGGCUCUUGAUGCUCCGUAUGCCCAUGCGAACCCACGAUCCGGUCCAACCCUACGCCGCGCUGCCACAGCUGCUGCUGUCAGUCGCCGACGGAAUCCGGCACCGGCUAUGGCGGGGCCUGUUCAAUAUAGACGUGCUGACGGAAGGGCAGAGCAUCCACAUGAGAGUGACGCUGAUAACUGGGUACCACCCCCUCCGCCAUACUCCAAAGAAGACCCUGGCGAUUUACCUGCCUUCCUACGCCAUUCCGUUGUUUCACUCGCACCGACUGCUACUGGCUCUAUCCCACCCGUCCCACCUCUUCCCUCAACUAUUCCGCCUGUUCCUCCACUGCCACAGGCGACACAUACGUCCAAUUCCGGGCGCCCAGAGUUGCCUCGUCUCCAGACCACCCCCUUUCGCGAAAUGAUAUCUCAUACUCAUACAUCUUGGAAUCCUCGUACGUCACAACAAAACGUGGUAGGUAGUAUCGCCAGUGCUAGUAGGGCCGUCGCUCCCUCGGAAAGAUCGUUGCGUAGACGUGUGUCAAGUCAAUCGUUCACACAAGACAGCCGCCCUCGUAUAGAUGAUUUUGGGGAUUUAUACGAUGUUUCUCCCGUCGGAUCACCCACUCAAGAUGUUAGCUCACACAUGCCUGGAGGCUCAAACGCGGUAAAAGUCACCCCAGAACGGCCUGGUUCAUAUCAGCGGUCUAACGAGGCACAAUCAUCAACCACAGGACACACACCAACCUCAUCUAGGUCACAACCAAUAAUGGAAGGCUCUCGGUUAUAUACGCUUAACUUUACCGAUCCAUCAUCACCAAUUAGCGCCCGGAGACGAAAUAGCGAUCAGAUCUCUACCAGUCCAAUAGUUAGUAGGCUUCCUAAUUCUAACACAUGGCCAAGGAACCCCCCAUCAUUAGACCCAAUAUCCUCGGCUGUACUUGGUGGAUUUCCUCGCUCUGCGCCUGCAACAGAUCAGAACAUUGAAGAUAUUCCAGGAUCGGGUCUACCCCCGGCACCGCACCCGGGCCAAUUAGCAAGUCUACACACUAGACGAAACGGUAUCGGUGCACCUCGUCCGGCGUCAGGCAGCUUUCAGUUCCCACGCGUACCCGUGGGUAGUCGUGACGAUCAGUUUCGCGAAUCGCGCCGGUAUAGUGGCAUCCCCGAAAUACGACCCCCUACAAUAGACCCCGAUCAGCCACUAAUUAUUAGCACACCCACCGGCGUGAGCGGUGCUUUUGACGUCCCUGGUCAAUCUGACGCACAUAGACAGCAUAUAGAGCCAGUAUUACACGCGCCAGUUCCUCGUCAUCCUGGGCCUGGAUCGGGGACUCACCUGUUACGCCCUACAGUUGAACGUUUGGAAACCAUUUCUAGUAUGGGUAAUGGGGAUUCGGUGAAUCAGUUGCAGGCGCCGCCCUCUUCACGGCUUUCUAUCACGCCACUGCGUCAUGCCAGUUUAAAAAGGCGGCAGAGUCGUGCUCGAAGGGGAGCACUGAAAAAUAUACGUGAUGCCAAGGCCCGAGGAUGGAUGGGACGGAAAAACAACAAGACGAACGAUAACGAGUCCUGGACGGAUGUCGCAUGGGCAACGGCAACGGCAGCCCCUGGCAGCCAACUCAGAGAUAAAAAGUGCAUUGUGAUGUAACGAAAAGGACUUGCGCACUAUACGACGUAACCUCAAAAUCUUCGCAUCAGCUAGGGGAUUGAACAGUCGGGCUUGGAUAGAAUAUCCUACUAA